AUGAAGUCUGCGGAAGUGGUUUACGGUGCCGGCGAUGAGGAAAUCUUCGGUCAGCGCAGGCCACGCAUGGCAGUGAUAGUGCAGCUAAUGGAAGAGCAUGCCGAAACACGGGCAAAAGCCAGACUGGGCAUUGACACAGCUGCGGUGCCAAAUGACGGCUUUGAAGGUAUGGGUGCCUUUCUGGAAGGAGUUUGCACGAGCCAUUCCAAAGCUCAUGCUCCAGCCGUUCCUAAUGGCCCACACUACUUUGCAGGAUUAGCAAGUGCGAUGACCCGCUUGCUACAUGAGCUACAGGUUGAGCGAGGCGUCUCCUGCCGUGCCACAGCUGCGCAUGGCAAGGCUGUGACAAGUGCCCUGGAUCGGUUGAAGAGCCAACGAAGCAGCACCGACUGGUCCUUGCGCAGCUUUUGGACCUCAUGCGAUUGGCUCUGGACCUGA